ACCGGAAGCGUCGACAGGGCGAUUGUUGUUUAGAAACGAUGAAAACGAUGUUUUAAAUGUGGAAUGCAUGAUUGUAACCGCUGGGAGUUUGUGAUAGUGGUCUGCAGCACGGCCAUAACACAGAAAUUCUCCGCUUAAUCAUGGCUGCAGGUUUUUAGUCGUUUUUUUCCUCUUUCUUGGCUCUGUCUUUAGCGCGAGCGGAGUGUUUUCGAGAGCUCAUUAGCUAGCUAAAGCUAAUCGAAUGUAAACAAGCAGAGGAUCAGCUGCUGUGCGAUCGGAGAAAAAAAAGGGUGUUUAAAAAAAGAGGCACUGAUGACAGCGAGUGAUGUGAUUAAUUACAUCUAUUUCACAUUAAAAGCUUGAGUUGGCAUUGUUAUUUAGUGAAGAUAUAAGAUAUUAAGUGUAAUAUCGCCGAGGACACCUCCCUCUAUAUUUGCUAGCUGCAGUAGUUAGACAACUCCUGCAGUUUGGACCCUGUGUUUCUGAUGAAAAAACACUGAAAGCAGCACAGAAACGGGUUUGUGAAAUACUUCGAGCAUUGCACGUCUCUGUCACGUCAAAGAAUGAACUAAAUACAUGAAGAGAUUUUGAGCUACAAGAUCACCCACCUGAUUUCUUGGGGUGUAGAGUUUAAAGCUGUUGAAGGUUGGAGAAGCACAUCUGUCAUGGCCCAUCAGCAGAUGCCCAGCUCGCAGAAGGCCCUAAUGUUGGAGCUCAAGUCUCUCCAGGAGGAACCUGUCGAGGGCUUUCGCAUAACACUGGUGGCAGAAUCGGACCUGUACAACUGGGAGGUGGCCAUAUUCGGACCCCCGAACACACUUUAUGAGGGGGGAUACUUUAAGGCCCAUAUAAAGUUCCCCAUCGACUACCCGUACUCCCCACCAACCUUCCGCUUCCUAACCAAGAUGUGGCACCCGAAUAUUUACGAGAAUGGUGACGUGUGCAUUUCCAUCUUGCAUCCUCCUGUGGAUGACCCUCAGAGUGGAGAGUUACCUUCCGAGAGGUGGAACCCUACACAGAAUGUCAGAACUAUCUUGCUGAGCGUGAUCUCACUGCUGAAUGAGCCUAACACGUUUUCCCCAGCUAACGUGGAUGCUUCGGUCAUGUUCCGCAAAUGGAGGGACAGCAAAGGAAAGGACAAGGAGUACGCCGAGAUCAUCCGGAAGCAGGUGCUGUCGACGAAGGCGGAUGCAGAGCGGGACGGCGUCAAGGUGCCCACCACGCUAGCUGAAUAUUGCAUCCAGACCAAAGUGCCUUCUCACGACAGCAGCUCCGAUUUGCUGUACGAUGACCUCUACGACGACGACAUCGAGGAAGAGGACGAUGACGAUGACGAAGCGGAGGCCGGAGGGCCAGCUGGGGACAUGAGCACAGACUGCUACGGCGAUGAGGAGGACUCUGGGAACGAGGAGUCUUGAUGCCGUGAUGCUCCCCUUCCCCCUUUCCACCGUACUCCACUCUGUGUCUGUUUAAGCUGCUGAUCUUUUUCCAGUUGAUCUGAAACAUCAUUUCUCCCUCCUGCACACGUGCUGCGUGAGGCAGAACCCUGCACUGGGUUUUUCGAGCCCGAAUAAACGAGCCCUGGCAGAGUCUUUCAAGCAAGGACAGCACUCUAACACCACUUUCAUCACACCUUGUGUGAAUUUUUUUUAAUGGAAGAAUAUUUUAAAGGUAGUCCACUAAAGUGUUGAAAUGGUUUCUGAUUGAAAACCUAAAGGAAUAGUUCAGGAACAGAAAUCAAUCCCUCUUUACUGCAGACGUUCUUGAUCAGUGGUUGGGUUUCCCAAAAGCAUCUUAACGCUAAGAGCAUCUUAACUAGGAGAGUGAGUGUUCACUGUGCUGCUCGCUCUACCAUUUAAUGAUCUUUGUGCUCCAGUGCUUUUGGGAAACUCAGGCCAGUUUGGUGUCUGUUUGCCGUUCUUGUUUGGAUUUGGAUCAGAGCUGUUAGGCUAGUGUAUGUAACGUGUACCAAAAGUAAUGGCACACAGACUUGCAGUUGUGAUUUAGGAUAUAGUAUGAUUUUCUGUAAACAUAAACCAAGCUGGUGAUGAACAUCCAUGUUAGAAAACCAGAAAAUAUUUAUUUAUUUAUUUUUAAAGUAUUGGAUAAAAAAAAAAACAACUGGAUCAAGUAUACCAAAUACAGUUCCACUUUAAAAUUUUAUUUUUAUUAUUAUUGAUUACCUGCCCUUUUUUUAAGCUAAGUAAUUUAUUUGAAGGCGCGAUGACGCAUCUUAACGAUUUUAUUUUGAAGUAACUACAUCAGAUUUUGCAUGUGCAUUCAAGGAUUAAGAGUUUACUUAUUAAUUAUAUGUAAAAACUACACACUCAAAUAUCAGACACCAAACAGUCCUUUCUGAUCAACAUUUUGGGUAGAUCAUCAAAAUUCACUUUGAUGAUUUCUCUCUUUUUAAAAUAAGUUGUUUUAUUUUAAUAACCACAGAUCUGUCUCACUUUCCCAGCAUCCAUCUUCCUCAGCCUGCCUCGAAACCUCAGGGCUUUUGGAUACUCGCGCCUCCCAGUCCAGUCCUUUUCAAGCGUCUUUGUCUCUCCGUCAAACUUCCCUAGCGUUCUUUCUGACGUCUCAGUUUUGUUCUGUUCCUGAACUGUCCUUUAGCAAAAGCAGGUGACACGAAUUCGUGCUGUUUUCAUAUUUCUACAAGCUUGAGUGCCACUCCGCUCAGCCACCUGUGUAUGAUGACCGAUGAUAUGAUCUCUGCUUUUAUGUAGUUUUUCCAGGUAAGUAUUUGAGAUGGAAGGAGGAAAUGGUGAAAAAGGGUUUCGCUGCAUGCACCUUUUCCCGAGUCUUUUGAGCCAUUCAGUUCUAGUGUCAAAGGUGGUAAUGAAGUUGUUUUAAGGUGCUACUGCAGUGUAAAGAACCAUCGCAGCAUCAGCAUGGACACCGGGAUCUCAGCUACAGAUGUCCAGAAAUUUGGUAGGCAGACUUUUAUUAUGAUGAAGAUGCUAAGUGAGUACUUUUGACCCUUUUUUUGGGGGGGAAAAAAAAAACAAGUGUUGCCGGUGAUGAUUUAAGAGUGCACAAAUUCUAAGUAUAUGCAUUUAGUUGCACCGUGGAUUGGUUGCACCUAACCGUUGCUGUUUCUUGCGUUUGAUUUUGGAUCAGAGCUGACUUUGACUUUUGUUCCUGUAGUUUGACGAUGAACUUGAUUUUACCAGUUGUUUGGGUCUGGGGUUGGAGAUUACAGACUGCCAAGGACACUUGAUGUCUCGAUGAGCUGUCUUCAGUCCAGACCAAAAGUUUUUGCUUUGUCAGAGCUUUUUUUUUUUUCUCUUUUCUUUUUGGCCACGAGCAUGCAUGUGUGUUUGUUUUAACGUGUUUUCUAUUAUGAAUUUAGGCACAAACCGUGCCCUCAGUGAUGGGCUGGGGCGUCGAAUUUAAUACGCAUGGGGUCUCGGGUACACCCUUGCUGAAUCCCAGCAAAUUAGCCAAGGACGCUGAUGAUCCUGUUCUUAGAAACUGUAAAGAGGAGAUGUGAUAAGUGGAACAACACUUAGCUGGGGUUGGAGCUAACGGACAAACUUUCAUCCUCUUUAUUGUUCUUAGAAUAAAGCGGCAUGAAAAACAAACAUAUUUGUGUUCACAGUGGGAUGAUUGGAGACAGUACAAAAAACAUUGCAAUUUUAAAGAAGGUGAUCUAAAUCCCUGUGAAUCAUCUAAAUGACUUCUCGUACCUUCAGAAACUCCUGACUUGGAUCAGCCAUGGAUCGUCUAUUAUUUGUGUGUCAUGGGUGUGUUUUUUGGAAAUAAUGUUCACCACUGUUAAGGAUCUCUCGUCACACGAUAUGGACAUGAACUCGCAAUCCUUUACCACGCCUUAUUAAGGAUGCUAAAUGAUUUCAUCAUGGUUUGCUUUCAAUUCCUUUUGUUUCUCUUAUUGUAGUGUUGUAACAAGCCGAACCACAUUAAACAAUUAUUCACUUAAGAAAAAAAAA